AUGACAACAACACUCAUCUUUGUUCGACAUGGUGAAACGGAGUGGAACAAUAAAAAGGUGAUUCAGGGAUGCACAGACAUCCCACUCUCUGAAAAAGGUCGACAGCAAGCCUUCGAGUUGUCAAAGAGGAUACCUGAGAAUGUUGAUGUGAUCUAUACCUCCCCACUUAAACGUGCUCUUGAGACCGCAAACAUAAUAAGUGAAGGUAAAGAAGUGGUAAUAUCACAAGAUUUAAUCGAGCCAAAUUUUGGAAGUUGGGAAGGCAAAGAGUUCAAUUCCAUAGGAGACAUGAGUGCAAAGGAGUUUGUAGAGUGUACAAAUGGUAUUCCUCUUGGGGACGCUGGUAAUACCGUCCACACUCUUUCUCAAACGAUUUUAGGGUUUCUCAAUUCACUUGUUCAAACAUAUGAAAACAAAACAGUGAUGCUGGUAUCCCAUGGGACUUGGAUAAAAUGUGCUCUUGUUGGCAUUUUAGAGUUUCCUGACAGAAUGUAUCACCAACUUGGUGUUUGCAACGCUUCGGUUACGACAGUUGUGUAUCGAAAAGGGUACUAUUGUAUGACUCACCUGAGUUGUUGA